UUGAACCAAUGCCAUGAAUUUAUCAAUCCACCAUGGCCCCGUUUUCCCCUUCUUCCCCACCCGACUCGCUUCUCCAUCUCCGAUCAUCCCCACCUUCAAACCCUACCCGAAUUCAACGCCCAGCUUCAAAUCCUGCAAAACCCAAACCCCAAAUCCCAAAUCGCAAGAAGAAGACGACGGCAUCCCAUUCGACGACGUGAAAAUCUUGGCCAAAUACAAAUCCCGCCACAACUACAUCCGGGUCCUCGAGGUCUCCCGAACCGCCGACCACCCCUUGGCCGGCUCCCGGCUCCUCCUCCUCGACGCGCCGGGGAACAUCCACAGCAUCUCCUAUCUCCUCAAGUCCACCACCGCCGCCUACUACGACGUCCUCGCCACUCUCCCCCCCGUUCUACCGCCCGGACCCGUCGGACUCCUCGGGUUCGGAGCCGGGUCAUCCGCCCGCCUCAUCCUCGAAUCCUACCCGUCCGCCGUCCUCCACGGCUGGGAGCUCGACCCGUCCGUCAUCUCCGUCGCCAAAACCUACUUCAAUCUCGACAAGCUACAAAACAAACACCCAGACCGCCUCUACGUCCACGUCGGCAACGCGCUAAACGCGCAGAUCCGAGACGGGUUCUCCGGCCUGCUAGUAGAUCUGUUCAGCAAAGGGUGCGUGAUUCCCGAGCUGCAGAGCGCGGAGACGUGGAAGAAUCUGAAGCGGAAGCUCCGGAAGGGCGGGGCGAUAAUGGCGAACGUGGGAGGGAGCUGCGUGGAGCCGGAGGAUAUUAGGAGAGACGGUGGGGAGAUAAUGGAAGAGACGCUAAAGGCUAUGCAUGGGGCUUUUCCGGAAUCUCUGUUCGUGAUGAGCCUUGGGAAUAGCAGAGUUGAGGAUAGCACGCUAGCCUUUGCGGGUAAAUUGCCAGAUUUGGAGAAAUGGAAGAGGGCAUUGCCUCCGCCAUUGAAGAUGUAUGCUGAUAUGUGGAGACCUUAUAGGGGGAGAGUUAGCAGAUAACUUGAAAAUGAAAAGGAAUUAGCCAAUUGCAGUUCUAAAUUUACCUGUGUAUUCCAUCGUCGUUACAGUCAAGUCUGUUUAUCAAUAUAUAAAUAUAAUACUUCUCUGCUAGAAAAUGUAAUAUUAAUACUAAAUCAUAAAUAAAAUUUCCAUUACUUAUAAAAGAAAA